GAUCCGCAUAUCACUUUAUCAGGAAUUGCGGGAACGUUUGGUGAAUUAUUUUCCUGCUUUAUUUACUGUUUCAGAGAGUCGGAUCGUCUUGUCUGGUGUUUCCAAUAGAGUUUGAUUCCAAGUACCAUUAUGACGAAGAAAAGCAAAAAGCUGUCGACUGAGGGCAGUUCUCGGGACACCUGGGGCAGUCAUCUGGAGUUCAUCCUGUCCAGCAUGGGCUACGCCGUGGGGCUGGGUAACGUCUGGCGAUUCCCCUACAUGGUCUUCGACAAUGGCGGGGGAGCCUUCCUGAUGGUGUAUUUCUUGAUGCUCAUCCUGGCUGCCAUACCCGUCAUGUUCCUUGAGCUCAGCUUUGGUCAGUUCUCCAGCCUGGGCUGCAUCAGUUGCUGGAAAAUCAGCCCUCUCUUCAAAGGAGUGGGCGUGGCUAUGGCGGUCGUGUCGGGCUAUUUCUGCCUGUACUACAACCUGAUCAUCGCCUGGACCAUUCGCUACAUGGUGGUGUCCUUUCAGAACCCACUCCCGUGGGUAGGCUGCAACCAUACCUGGAACACCCCGGACUGCUACGAGAGAAUCUCAUUAAGCCAAGGAAACGGAAGUGUCCCGUCCGAUUAUCUGAUGACCUAUGACCCUGAGGACCUGAACGAGACAUCCACACUGGACAGCUAUGACCUGUUCGUGAACGGAACGGGCAACGGAACUCUGAAUGCAACGGCGCAACCAGAGCAACGCAGAGUCCGGGCAACUGAGGAGUUUUGGAAAUACCGCGUUCUGAACAUUUCGGAAGGACUAGACGACAUUGGCUCCAUCCAGUGGCCGUUGCUGCUGUGUUUUGCUGGAGCGUGGGUCCUGGUGCUCUUCUGUAUCAUCAAGGGAGUCAAAUCCUCAGGAAAGGUGGUGUACUUCACGGCCACUUUCCCGUUCCUUGUGCUGUUUGUUCUCUUCGUGCGCGGCGUGACGCUGACGGGAGCCAAGGAGGGCAUUAUCUUCUUCCUCACCCCCCAGUUUGACAAGCUGCUGUCUGCCAAUGUCUGGAAGGCAGCAGCCACGCAGGUGUUCUUCUCCUACGGGGCCGGAUGGGGUGGCAUUCACACCCUGGCCAGCUACAACAAGUUCCACACAAACACCUUUCGAGAUACCUUGGUCAUCAGCCUGUCCUGUGCUUUUACGAGCGUCUUCUCGGGUAUCGUCAUCUUCUCCAUCAUUGGGUUCAUGGCGGUGGACUCCAACCUAGAAGUCAAGGACGUAGUUGCUGCAGGUCCUGGUUUGGCAUUCGUAGCGUACCCGGAGGCAGUCUCCCGCAUCUUCGCUCCUCAGUUCUGGGCCUUCCUGUUCUUCUUCAUGCUGUUGACUGUAGGCAUUGACAGCCAGUUUGUGACAUUGGAGACGUUGAUCACAGCCUUCAUCGACGAGUUGGAGAGCAUGUACCCUGGCAGGGUCCGCCGCUGGAAAUCUUGGAUCAUCACCUUCGUCUGCUUGUUCAUGUUCGUCAUUGGUCUGCCUUUCGUCACGCAGGGCGGGACCUACGUCAUGACCCUCUUCAACUGGUACUCUGCCGGCUUCGCUCCAUUACUCCUUGCUUUCGUUGAACUGAUCGUCAUCUCCUAUGUCUAUGGUGUGGACAAUUUCUUGCAUGACGUGGAAUCCAUGCUGGGCUAUCCUCCUAGGAUGUACUGGAAGAUCUGCUGGAUGGCCGUCACGCCCGUCAUCAUCGUGGCCAUCUUGGUUUUUAGUUUCAUUGACUACACACCGGCCGUCAACGGUGACUACGUAUUCCCACCGUGGGCCGAGGGCGUUGGCUGGACGCUGACGUGUUCCUCGGUUGUCAUCGUCGUCUCUGUGGCCGUGUACCAACUGGCGACGACCAAAGGAACCCUAGCCGAGCGCUUCAGGAAAUCAGUUAAAUCCACCAAGGACUGGGGCCCCGCCCAUAACGAGGACCGGCUCACCGCCGGGUACCGGCCGCUCCCUGGGGCAAAAGACGACUUGGAAUUGACCAAUCUCCAGGCUGAAGUGGAACCACCUGAGUACACUGAUAAGCCAGUGGUACCUGAAUCUGUGUGAGCUUAAGACGUAAACCUAUUUAAUGAUUUUACUUUGCUUUUUUUUUUUUAAGUUAAGGUCCUUUUUAUGACGAAGGCAAUUUUGAGCCCGUAGAAUUGCAAGAUAGUUGUGGAUAGUUCUGUUAACAAGUUCCGUUCCCAACUUUGUCAGUAUUCAUUGUUAUUGUACCUCAAACAUUUUUGUAACCGCCCACUCCAACAUGUCAGGUUCAAAUUUUCCCCUUUUUUGAGGUCGAUGCAAAUGUGGAAAGAGUACCUAUAAAAGGAUAAAAUGAUACCAAACUCGAUGCAAAGUCACUUUUUUUUCGCAAAAGUCGACCAACCGUUUAUAUAAUUUUCCAUAAAAACCUUAUUUUGUGAUGUCACAAAAUGCGUAAUGUGUAUAUUACUUUUUUGCCCCCUGCGCCGCCACGGAAUUAGAUGUGACAAUAAGUAGAUGACGGGAUGUCGUGAAAAUUAGCUCUAUAAAUAGGCUUUAAAGUUCACCAAACCCAAAUUCACCAAAUAGGAGAAUUGUCAGUCGUUCAUAAAUGUUCAGAACGUUAGAAGAAUUCUACAAACUGUCUAUUUCUGAGAAGAAAAAAAAAAAAGUCAAAUCGGACAACGAACUGAUUUUUCCACGCUUAUGAUGUCAUAGUAGAAAAUCAUUUAUCUGUGCAAUGUUACAUUCCGUCGGUAGUGGACGGGCAAAUUUAUGAUCCGAAUGAACUUCGUUCAUUGUGCCAAUGUUCCAAAUUGUCUGUGGAGCGAAACUUGCUUUCAACCAGAUGUGUGACGUACGAGGCACGUCCCGGUUGGUCAGUAGUACCCAGGAUUAACUCCUAGACUCCCCACCACACAGCACUGGCCAACACAAGCCAGCUUGUUAGUGGUACCAUUCUAAAAAAUACAAUCUUCUGUCAAAGAUGACAAUUACACUCUUAGCGGUGUGAACAUUUAUUACAAAAUUUUGUAAACUUUUCAAAUUACUUCAUAUUGAAGUGGAUGAGGUGUAAUGAAACUUUAAAUUGUUUAGUUUGGAGUAGAACAUAUAGUGCUAAAUUUACUGUUUCUGAUGUGAAACGGAGGAAGGUAGCCCGAAUCAUCAUACAACUCAAAAACAGUAAUUUUACACAACUCUUCCUCAACGUUGUAUUUGUGUGCUUGUAUCAGUAGUUUAGAAAUAAGUGGAAUCCCGGUUUCCAAAGUUCGGAAAUGCAUUGUUGUAUACAGUUUGGUGUUCCGUGUGUGAUUACAUUUUUGGGGUGAGGGGAGACAUGUAGAAAGAGUAAAGUUUAUGAAUUACCUUAAAAGUUUAUUCACUUAGAUUUUAUAUUCCAGGUAAAAUAACCUUUGGAAAGAAGUAUCUGUCCUUACCAAUUUUUUGGGUAUUAUUUAUUUCAGUCUGUAUUUUUUUUUUUGUAUAAGAUUUGUAUAUCUGAUGGCGAGUACAGGUUAUCCCACAAAAAAAACCCAACAGUCGAAAACCAGUUAAAAAAGGUAUAUUGCAUGGGAGUUUUGGAAUAUUUUGAAAUUACCUCUUAAAAGUCAGAUAACUGAUCUACCAUACAAACUUUAUUUCAUUCAAAUCGAUGCAUUGGAACAAACGCUAUGCUUCAUCGAACUCAAGGGUUGAAAAUCGUCUUGGGCCACUUUCCGAGAAAGUGCAGUUAGAGAAACACACAAAGCAUUUAUUUCCUUUGUUCAAGACUAACGUGAGACUCGUUCUACCGGCUUUGAUCUGUUAACUUGAUAAAUUAAAAAAGUGGUCCAAGUGGGCGAAGUGAAAAAAAAAAAUCCUAAUGAAACCAACUAAAAAGCAUAUGGAAGACCAAUUAUUGUACUCAACAAUACAUCAAACACAAUUUUGAAUACUACCCCCACUUUUCUGAAAACAUGCCCGAUGCGACUGUUUUUUGGUGGGACAGCCUGUAUAUAAAUUAUAAGGGGAACCUUGCCAAAGAAAUUAGUUUAAAGAUUUUACUAAAAUACCAUGCAGUUUCAGACUUGAAGUAAGUGUAUAAUGUGAAUUUUAUUUUGUGAGAUACUUUAGAAUUACAAAGUUUUCUCUUUAAAGUGAAUGAUUUGUUUACUACCCAGUAUUGCUGUAUAUUUAGCGUUCUUGUGGCGCGGAUUAUUGCGUAUCGCGAUGUAUCGUUAACCCUCUAAUAUUCUUACACGUUCAAAUCGUUGCGGUGUUUUUUCCGCACACUGCAUUUGGCAGGAAUGUUUGCAGGACCUAAUCAAAGAAUCACUCGUGCCGAUUUUGAUACCUACACAGUUGCCAAACUUGAAUACAAAAGCUGCAUUCAGACUAAAGUGCUGGGCGAGUCGUGAAUUUUUUACCUUGAGUAUUCUUGACAUUCGCCUGGCGGGAUGCUGAGAUAAUUUUAUCCAAAAAAUUGGCAUGUCAUCGGACAAACGUCUUUCUGGCACUGAUCUGCAUCAUUGUGUGUAUUCUUCCUUUUCGACUAAGUGGUGCUAAAUACAAGUUUGUACAAUCGUAAAUUUGGGUACUUGUAUUUUUGUAACUUAAAAACUGACAUUUGCUGUGUAGCAAAAACCCACAGUUUUCUUCUUAGAAGAUAAGGUUUACAAAAAAUCUUUUGAAAAACUAGAGAUAUCAGCCCACCUUUUCCAUACAAGUUUCAAAAAUUUCAAAAGAAAAGUACACUGUGGAUCACUGUGCCAUAUUUUGCUUAUGUCUUUAACACUCGGUUUUCUGAAAAAAAUUAGAUUUGUGUUGGUGUCGGUAGGAUUGUGGACAUUGGUUUAGCAUUGUGAAGUACACAAAUUGAGAUGAGAGGGCUAGAAACAUAAAAAGAAAUGCUCGCUUAAACGUUAACGAGUUGCAAAUAUGAUAAUGGAAAACGGUGAAAAAGUAACGUAAAAAUAAGCUCAUUUCAUUUGUUUUGCUUGGAAAUAAGUAUGUCGGAUGAUAAGUGUUAGAAGUGUUCUUGGGUAAACUUGUCGAUUCUUGGCGAAUUAACAACUGCACUCUGCUUAUGUACAUGUACAUUCCUUCAAUCGUAAAUGCUUCCAAGCGAUUAAUCCCAUCGGUUCCGCAAUAGCGUUGAGAGUAAAGACGUCACGCUUUGCUUACGUGUGUGCUUUCCUAUGGGAGCCACAUGUAAGCAAAACGUGACGUCACUAUGUCCCAGGUGUAAAUAGCAUCUAGGGAUGUGGCCUAGAAGAUAUGUUUUGUGCCUCAUCGGAACAAAAUUUGGAUUUUUUUCUUUUUCAGUGAUUGAGGCUUUCCUUUUUUCGUCUCAAAUUGUUUGUGUUGGUAUUUAGUUGUUCAAAAGUGUUUGUAGUUCACAUUGUACAUAUUGCUUUUACAUACAUUUACUUAAACUUGCCGCUUGGAAAUGGAUCAGUUAGGACUUUACCUUGCAAUUGUACAUAGCUUCGCUAAAACGCUGUAUUAGUUUAGUUCAAAGUCUUGGAAAUUUUUGUAAAGAGGAUGUCUUUUGCUUGCUUAUAGAACGCGAAUGUCAGAUCAAUGCAAUUUGAUAUUGUUUCCAAAAUACAUUAAGCGUUAUUGUUUACUGUCGUUAUGUUAAUUUUUUAUGACCAUUCAGCCACAUUGCUUAAUGCAGACACAGUAGACGAAGACACUUAAUGCUGGCACAUCCGAGACAGAUCAAGCGAUCUGUUGAGGUUUGCUGCGAUAUGGGACACCCAAGGGGCGCAUGACAUUUUCUGAUUUGCCUUGGGUGUCUUGCACCCCCAACAUGCCCAAAGCUUCUUAAAAAGCUGUGUCAAACAUCCCAGCAGUCAUGAUGUUAUGUGUACCGUGUCACAGCAUUUAACAGCCAAGUUUACGUCAACAAGCUUAUGAUAGGCUCCCAUAAUGGUUUGGUCCUUGAAGCUUGAAGUCGGCAAGUUUUUGGGCUGCCAUUUUGCUGGUCCCACAAAUUUACCAUUGUCAAAUUGCAGUAUUGGAAAUUAGUGCGGGUACCAGUGACUCAAGAUUUUCUCACGGUGUGUAAACAGCUGAUGUCAUUGGUAUGCGAAACAGCAUUAUGUUCUCCGAAACUUGUCACAUGACUAACGGGACCAAUGAAAUCACAGUAUCUGAGACACGCCAACAAAACAGUAGCUUUAAAAAUGAAAGGAAUGUGCUGUAUGGUCUGGCGAUACUGGAGCAUCCAGUUUUAGAGAAAGUUGAAAUGCUUUUUUUCCUGUGUAAUAUUUUUUUUUCAGCUACUAAGCAAUACAGUUAUCUAUAAUAAUGCCAUUUAUUUUGAAGUUUAUUUUGUUUUAAAAGAGCUGACCCAUUUCAAACAAAAAUUUGACUUGCUGUAAUGGAGCGGAAAUAGUUUAAAACCAGUCAUGACACGUGUGUGCUUUCUUCAAAACUGUUACAACCAUACCUCAAACAAAAUAAUUUCUCAGGAUCUGCCAAUCCAAACUUAGUGCACACAGGACCAAUAAAGUAUUCACAUUUUGUUCUAUGGAACACGCUUGACUCCAGACACAAUUAGACAAAGACAGAUGUUUCACAUCUUAGUGCUUUUUUUUUUUACCGUGGACCACUGUUUUGCAGAGCUUUCUCGCGAAAGUGUGCUUCAUGACAUUGUAGUGCUGAAUUGUAAAUGUGUUGCAUAAUAAUAACAAAUAACUACACAAAAUGACUUGCAUCAAGUUAAACUAGACCUUCUUUUUGGAGAGUUUUGGUCUAAAAAUAUGGCAAAAUAUUCUGCUUAAUUUGACAAUCUGCCAGAUUUUGGAAAAGAACACUUCAGUAACGUUAAAUGUCUCUCUAAGUGUGGAAUCUCAACUUCUAUAGAUUUCGUACGUGAUAUUUGUUUCUUCUCGGUAUUUUCUGAAAUAACUGUUUGGUGUUCCCUCAUACUUGAUCAACUGAGACUGCAAAAUAAAAGAAAAAUAAAGGCAAUAAUUCCCAAGCUUGAAGAGUUAAACAAAAAAGUUUCGGAUUUUUGAGCAAGUGACAUUUUGAGAGACUUUUAAUGUUCAGGGUCAUGAAAUUGUUUCAGUAGAUUUUUUAAACCCACUUUGUAACAUGUUACAUGUGUUUUUUUGUUUAAUUAGAAAUUGUUUCCUUAUUUAUUUCCCUGAUUUUCUUUGACCUUCUGAGGUAGUUUAUGUUGAUAGGAGAGCUGAACACUGAUACAGGUUUUAUGAGUCGUUCGAUUUUGUAAAUCAAAACGAAAAUACUUUUCCAUUUAAGCAGUCAAGUAUUUUUCUUUGUAUUAUUUUGUAGAAAUUUUUGGUAUUUAUAUUGUUUGAACAGUAAAGGCCUUGAUAAACGGGAUCCUAAUUUUUAUAAGCUAUGGUACACAUUUAUUUCUAUUUAAAAAAAAGAAAGAUUGAAUUCAACAAUGUUAAAUUGAUGAUUUUUCUUUGAUUUUAGCUUUUUUUGUGUAAUAUUCGUCCAAAAAUGUCAAUAUCAUGUUUUUCACUUUAAGACUGUGCAAACCAUUAUUCAGAAUGCAAAUGAUAUUUUGUAAAUAUCUAUUAAUUGCAAUGGUGUAUGGAUCUCAUACCACAGCUACAUGUAGUUGACUGAUCGAUUAAGCCAACGCAUGAUGAUUUGCCGCAUCCCAGCCAUGAUUUAAGUACGACAUGUGCCCAUGUGCUUAUGACGCGUGCGCAUUGGUUAUGGCAUUGGAGAUAGGUGCAUGUGUACAUGUAUGUUAGGCGCAUAAUUUAUGCAAGUCUCUGAAUUAUUUAGUGUUAAGAAACAGUAUUCUGCCUAUGAUUAAAUAGAUGUUGGCCAAUUUGAAUGGUGUUUUUUUUUUCAAUCAGUGGAAAAUAAACCGGAUCACAUUUGUGUAAGCAAAA